AUGUCUGGUAGAGGAAGGCCACGCAAGGCAACAGGUCCCACUGCCCAAAAUACAAACAAGAAAUCCACAGACGAAGGGAACGGAGAGCAACAGAACGGACGCAAAACCCCAGAAGAGACGCAGAAUGGAACAACGAGGGAACAGAAACCGAAGAAAAGGGAGACUAAGGAGCCACGCCACUCUACAGAGCGGCCGUCUGUGCAGGACAGAAAGGAGGAAAAGACAAAUCAGUGUACAGCUGGGCUCAACGAGCAGGGGCUGGCCAGUCGAGGAGCAAGAGGUAAAACCUGUGCAGGCAGGGCCACACCAAGCCAGGCGACUCCCCCUGUGCAGCCAGACAUGCCAGAGGGCCUUCAGGCAGGUUGUGUCAACACAAGAAGACAAAGAAAAUGCAAUGGCAUUGCCAAGUCACAGGAAGGACCUGCGGAUGAACCGCAGGAACCGUCUGAGAGCAUUAUGAAGCCGAAACAGAACGGUAGGAAAGCCAGAGCAGCAGAAAAUCUAACUGAAGAAAUGACCAAGCUGCAACCAGAGACCUCGAGAGCAAAGCCACAUGCUGGCAAGCUAAAUGGCAUCAAAGUGGAACCAGAGCAACUUCAGGAGGGGGACCUUCAGAAGACGGGGAGCAAAAAGGAUAAAAUAAAGGCUGACAUGAUGCCAGAAGCUCCUCAAAAGGCGUCUAAAGCUCGUGCCGCUAAUGGCAGCGACAAGGAGGCCACAGAGAGAGCAACGAAGACAAAGAAGACACCAGAGGAGUCCAGCCAGUCCGAAGAAACAAAAGCCAUGAACUCAUUCCUGAAUAACACACUGGAAACCCUGAAGAUUAAAAAGGACGACAAAUCAAAAACCGCAAAAGUCGUGAAUGAGAUAAUAAAAAAUAUAGUCUUGCAUCUGAGUAAGACGGAAUGCUUUAAGAAAGUAGAAGAACCACUACGUACUGGAAGUUACUAUGAAAAUCUAAAGAUCUCCAGUCCUGAUGAAUUUGAUGUGAUGAUUCCUCUGUUGGUUGAGAGAGUGGAGAUCACUCCUUUUGGAGAGGAUGGUGCCUUCUACAGCGUGGGGUUGAAACGAGGCUCAAACCCUCUGAGGAAGUUUCAAGAGGGAGAAACGCUAUCUGCUAGUGAGAUGCUCAGCGAGUUCAGGGACGAGGUGAAGAAAUGCGUCAAACAAUUUAAAGAAUGGACACUGGACAAGAAGAAAGCAGGCUGCCCUGCAGUGACCCUGAGCACCACGGUUCAGUCGGUCACCAUUUCCCUGGACGUGGUUCUCUGCCUUAUGGUGAAAUCAAACUGGCCGUCCUUCGCAAAAGACGGCCUUAAUGUGAAGCACUGGCUUGGGACUAAAUUCAAGCGAGAAUUCAAGUUUCAGCCUUAUUAUCUUGUUCCAAAGUAUGAAGGUAGAAGCACUGCGGAAAAGGAUGGCGUCCUCGCUAAAGAUACUUGGCGGAUUUCAUUCUCGCACAUUGAGAAGGCCAUUCUGAAGAGUCAUGGAUCGGAGAAGACGUGCUGUGAAGAAGGCGGCGUGAGAUGCUGCAGGAAGGCCUGUCUGAAGCUCCUGAAGCAUCUUCUCAGCCAACUCAAAGAAGAGGAUCCCUCAUUUGACAAGUUCUGCUCGUACCAUGCCAAGACCACGCUCCUCCAUGCCUGUUGCUCUCGGCCUCGUGACGGCGACUGGCGCCUCUCAGACCUCAGCCACUGUUUCCAAAUGCUGCUGCAGGACUUUCAGGCUCACCUGAGACGUGGCAUCCUCCAGAACUUCUUCAUACCCAGCCAGAACCUGCUCUCUGGUGCCAGCAAGCACGUGUGCAACGUUCUGGCUGAUCGUCUGGACAAGGAAUGUAGGGAAGGCUUUCCUAUUUUCAAGAGGAGACUUUCCAAUAUGCACUGAGUGUUUGACGCUCCAGCGUGAAGAGCAACGCCACAAAAACCACAAACUUUGUCGACAUUUAAUGUAGGUGUGGCCAAAAAGCGAUGUUUACAAAAAUGUGAGCAAAGCUCAAAAUCUUUUAUUUCUAUGCAUUGGAAACAUUGUUAUAAAUCAAAAAUUAAUCCAUUUUAAUUGCAAAAAUUGAAAUAAACAGAUUUUCA